AUGGAUCGGCACGCUACCUGGUCUGUGGGCUGCACGAAGUGGGUGCCGGUGGUCUACAACCAGUGGGGCGAGGCGCAGCUCCCACACCGGCCGCCUGCGCUGUUGCCGCCGCAUCCGCCGGCGGCGGCGGCCCCUUUUGCUGGCACGGGUGCAGCCCACGGUGCAGCCACAGGUGGCGGUGUUGCUGCUAACCCCUCGGGGGCUGCAGCAAUGCCGGCGCCGAAAAAAAAUCCUGGCCAGGUGGACCUAAGCAGCGAGGAUGACGACGAGGAGUCUGAGGAGGAGGAGGCGGCUAAGAAGGACGAGGACAAGGAGCCGGACUCCCAGUCGCGGAAGGAUGAUAUCGUGGUGGUGGACCACGACCAGGAGAAGAAGAAAGAAGAAAAGGGUGGCAAAAAGGAGGAGGCUGCUCAGAAGCGCAAGAAGAAGAAGGAGAGAGGCCAAGCAGGCACACGAGGCCCAGGCCGACGAGAAGAGAGCGGCAAGGCCAAGGAGCCCAAGGAAGACAAGGAGGCGGAGGCGGCGGAGGGCGAGCCUGCAGCGCGGCCUGCGAGGAAGAACCGCAGCCGGCACUCAGCGGACGAGGCAGAUGUCGUUCGCUGCGAGCACUGCUGGAUGUGUGUGAAGAAAGAAGGCCUGCAAAGCCACCUGGAGAACAGCGAAUACUGCCGCCAGUGGCGGCUCCACGCCGCCGGCCAAAAUGUGGCCGGCCAAAAGCCUGCGGAAGAGCAGGCGAGCUCGGGUGCGUGCCAGUGCAGACACUGCUCACGGCAGUUCAUGCGCAGGCUAAGGAAGAAGCAGCCAUCAAAGGAGGACCGGGCGGCUAGCAUGAGCCAACACAGGCCGCCGGUGCAGCUGCGGAGCAGGGGGCGUGUGGAGGAGCCGCCGCACAGACGUGGCCCGCGGCGUGAAGAGAGCCGAGAUGAUGAUGGCAGCCGUGGGCGGCGGAGAAGCCGUGGUGAGAGCCGCCAGAGCCGUGGCCAGGCAAGCUCUCGAGGCGGCGGCCAGGCAAGCUCUCAAAAAAGCCGCAAAGGCGGCGGCCAGGCAAGCUCUCGAGGGAGCCGCAAGAGCUCCCGCGGCAGCGAGCACAUGGACCGACGCUUCUCGGGCCGCUCCCGCAGCCGCAGGGCGAGCGAGCCUGCGGCAAGCUCCGGCCGCCGUGGGCGCGAUUCGCGGAAGGAGCCGACAGGGCAGCUAGGCCGCAGCAAAUCAUCGCCAAGGGAUCGGGCCAUGGUGGCGGGUCAGAGCCAGAGCCCUCAGAUCCCCCAGAUGAUGCUGGCCUUUUUCGAUGCCACCACGAAGAUGCUGGACAUGCAGCAGCAGUAG